AUGGCGUGCGUGGAGCGCUGCCGCUGCUGCGCGGGCAGCCGGCGGCACAGCAGCAUCCUCUACAACAUCCUCAAGAGCCAGGAGCAGGCGGAGGCGGAGAGGCGGCAGCCGCCGCCGGGGCAGGGUCCGAGGCAGGGGCCGGUGCCGGUGGCGAGGCGGGUGCCAGCGUGCGGCGGCUGCUCGUGCGGCUCGCAGCGGCGGGUGGCCCUGAAGAGCCCGCAGGUGGCGUGCAAGGCGGCCUCGGCCGUGCUGGUGAAGACGCUGCGCUUCGUGCAGAACGUGCCCUGCUUCCAGGAGCUGCCCCUGGAAGAGCAGCUCGUCUUGGUCCGCAGCUGCUGGGCGCCCCUGCUGGUGCUGGGGCUGGCGCAGGACCGGGUGCACUUCGAGACGGUGGAGAGCGCCGAGCCCAGCAUGCUGCAGAGGAUCCUCACCAACCGGCGGCAGGGCGAGCACACCCCGCCUCGGGGACCGGCGCCGGGGCGGCCGCACCCGCCAUCGGCCGGCGACAUCCAGGCCAUCGAGGGCUUCCUGGCCAAGUGCUGGAGCCUAGACAUCAGCACCAAGGAGUACGCGUACCUCAAGGGCACCGUGCUCUUCAACCCGGAUUUACCUGGACUGCAGUGUACACAGUAUAUUGAAGGACUGCAGAGGGAAGCACAACAAGCUCUAAAUGAACAUGUCAGACUCAUUCACAGAGGUGAUGAAGCCAGAUUUGCCAAGCUGAAUGUUGUUCUAUCCUUGUUAAGAUCUAUUAAUGCUAAUGUGAUUGCUGAACUAUUCUUCAGGCCCAUUAUUGGAGCAGUGAACAUGGAUGACAUGCUUUUGGAAAUGCUUUGUGCAAAAUUAUAAAGGUGUGUAAAAUAAUGAAAAUAAAUUCAAUGCAAAGGAAGCCCUAGAGCAGAAUAGUGUAAAGUACUGUAAAUAAACUAACUUAUUGUUUUUACGUAGAUAGUAUUUUUGUAUUCAAUAAUAAAAUAUUCUUUAUAUUCUGGA